AAGCUUGAGCGGGUUUUAAGUCAGCGGACAUUUUCUCUCAACAACCUUUAAACUAAAUCAAUAUUACAGAAAAACUGUGUGUGGCUCAGCUGGCAUAUAAACCUGGUGGUGUAUACAUUAACUUGAUUUUAAAUGCUGGGAUUAAACAGUGUUACACUGUUUUCAAUUUUAAGGGAUAAAAUUCUUAUUUUGUAAGAUAAACUGUUAAUUUGUGGACAUAAUAUUAUACAUGAUUACAACCUUAAUUAAAACUGGAAUAUAUGAAACGAAGAUGCCAAUUUCACAAUGUGAUUUUAACAUCAAAACACUGGAAGUGAUUCAGAAAUUGUUUAUUUUGACCAGUAACUGCGUAAGGUGCCUGUAAAAGUUGACCUGCAUAUUUACAUGAUGUCCGAUGACGAUGGUUUUACGAUCUACACACCAUGGGGCUUCAUCCAUUCAGAUGAGUUCACAACAGACAUCAUCAUAGAAGAGGUUCAGGAAGUGUAUUCCACUGGUCCUGCUAUAGCAGAGGAUGGUAGUGAAGUCACCCAACAGGAGGUUGGCGAUGUGCAAUAUUACUCAUACACUAAGGAGGAUCAAGACCAUCAUAAACAUGAUCAAACCAAAACUACCGAUGAAGAUGAGGCGGACAUAGCAGAAGACGACAUUCACGAGGAGAAGUUUAUUCUACGUUUCCUAGCAACCAACACCAGUAACGAGGAUCGCUAUCUGUGGGUCACUGACGAUGGUGAAGUCAGAAGUGACGGGAGUUAUACAAAUAUAGCAACAUUCUUUGAGGUAAUACACUGGUGCAGUCCCCAUCUGAACAACUACCAGCUGAUCUGCUGGGGCGGGGCUUGCAAGGGACACAUUCUUUAUAUGGAUGGAACCUCCCUCAAAUCUAGGACAUACCAUGCCAGUACUGAUGACAAUGACAUUACCACCAAGUUCCAAAUGUCUCCUAGAGGGUCAGACAUUACUGUACGAGCAUUCAUAUCAAAGACCGGUGUUCCAAUAUACUUUGAUUCAGAGGGCAAUUAUCGGCCGGAGGGUCCACCCAGACAAUCUAACUCCAGUGUGGAAUCCGAGGGGGAAAUGCAACCAUUGUACUUUAUAACGGCAAAUGUGAAACUUAUGAAAGUGACUUCGGUGUGAUUUAUUGAGUGAUUUCCAAAUGUGUUUCUUUUUGUUCAUAAAUUGUUGUGUAAACAAUGAAGAACUACAACUGAGUUGUAGUUUUCUUUCACUCAUUUUAAAAUAAAACAUAAAUAUAAAUUUAAUUUCGUGCUAUAAUAUUAUUACUAUUUGAACCAUUAUCUUGAAAUGAAAGCACCACAAGGAAGCAUAAUGUGCCCAUUCAAUGAUCAGCCAUCACAAAAGUUCAUUUCAAGGGCCGUUACUCCAUAGUGUGUGAUGAUAUUUGAAUGUAUAAUGAAUUUAUCUAAUUAGAUCAUGUCAAUUCACAAUCUUGUAUUAUUCCCCAAAUGAUUUAAGAAUUGUUUAAAGAUUUAGAGCAGCAGUUCUAACUUUGCAAAAAAAUAUUUAAGAGUUAUAAGUCUUAUUCAUAAUUCUACAUAAUAUUACAACAAGUAAUAAUGGUUAUAAAUUUAAAUUAACCUCGGCAGCUGCAAACUCUUAAUAACUUCAAUUUUCCUUGCAACCCCUGUCCAAGAUAUUAUCAAAACUGAAGAUUUUUUGCGUUCACAGGCGCAGCAUUUUUUUUCACUGACAAGGACAUAAAGUUCUGUUGUACAAAUUACCCUCAGACAAUCUCCUGCUGUUGCUGUUGCUGUUGCUGUUGCUGCAGCAAUGAAAUAAGUUUUGAUUUUGUUUUUUUGUAUUUUCAUACUAUGUAUGCAUCACCAUUAAUUUUUCAUAUUUUAUUAAUUCACUUGUCAAUAAAGGAAGAUGAAAAACUAUGUUC